AUGAUUCUACAAUCACUGCAAGGUCAAGAGCCUGAAGCUAAGGAUAGGGAAGCCAGAGUCAAGCAGCUUAUGGCAUUAUUGGACGGUAAAAAAUACCUACUGGUCUUGGAUGAUGUGUGGAAUAAGGAGUCCAUGCUAUGGAAUGAUUUUCUUGGGUCUCUGAAAGGUACUAGCCAAGCCAUGGGGAGUUGGAUUCUCGUAACCACUCGUGAGCAACAGGUGGUAGACAUCACCAGAAUUUCUUCUCCUCAGAGUUAUUCCUUGAAACAAUUAUCAGAUGAUCAAUGUUGGCGCAUUCUCAAAGAAAAUGCAUUUUGUGGUGGGGAAGUGCAGGAUGGGCUGCAAGAUAUAGGGUUGAAGAUUGCGCAAAGAUGCCGAGGCUUACCAUUGGCUGCAAGUGUUCUCGGUGGCAUGCUGCACAACAAGGGACCAGAUGAAUGGCAAAGCUUAGAGAGUGGGCUUCAAAGUUUAGGCGGAGAUGAAAAUAGUUACGUCAAAGAAAUUUUGAAGUUGAGUUUUGAUCAUCUCCCAUAUCCUUCUCUUAAAAAGUGUUUUGCAUAUUGUUCAAUUUUUCCCAAGGAUUUUCAAAUGGAAAGGAAUGAAUUAAUCCAACUUUGGGCAGCAGAAGGAUUUCUUCAUUCAAAUCCAAGAAACGAUAUACAUAUGGAGGAAGUUGGUAACAGGUAUUUUACCAUUUUGUUGGAUAGUAACUUAUUUCAAGAGGCAGAGAAGGAUGAUUAUGGGAAUGUUUUGAAUUGCAAAAUGCAUGAUCUUGUGCAUGACAUGGUGCAAUCCAUUUCCAAUUCCAAAACUUUAAGGUUGACAGAGUCUGGUAGUGUUCUUAUGGAAACGUCUUCUAUUCAGUAUCUUGCACUGGAGAGAAGUGAAAAAGAAAUGCCAUUUCCUUCCACUGAAAGUUUCAAGCGUAUUACGACAUUGUUUUUGGAAGGAAACAGAUCACUUAAUGAUAGGGAGUUGUCAUUUUUUAUGUUGCGAGUUUUGAACUUAAGGGCAUCGAGUGUCGAAGAGCUUCCUAAAUCAAUUGGCAAGCUAACUCAUUUGCGAUAUCUUGAUUCGUCAAGAACUUCAAUCGAAACUUUGCCAGAGUCUCUAUGUCAACUUUACAAUUUGCAGACAUUAAUAGUUCGAUAUUGUCACUCACUGAAAAAGUUUCCAAAGUAUUUCAAGAAUUUGGUGAAUUUGAGGAACUUUGACUUUUUCUCCGAGGAUAAAUCAAGUGAUAUCAUGCCUUUGGAGAUCGGACAGUUGCAGUUUCUCCAAACUUUGCCAUUUUUCAAUAUUGGUGAAGAAAGAGGUCGACAAAUUGGAGAAUUGAGGAAUUUGAAGAAUCUCAGUGGACAACUUGAGUUACGUAACCUUGAAUUAGUGAAAAGCAAGGAAGAAGCCAAGUCCGCAAAUCUGAUUGGGAAGCCAAACAUUGAUGAGUUAAGAUUACUGUGGAAUGAAAUAGAUAAUUCAAGAAAUAAUGAUAGUGAAUACAAUCAAGUGUUGGAAGCUCUGCAUCCUCACCCAAAUUUGAAAGGUUUGAUAAUUGACAGAUUUUUUGGUGACCAGCUUUCAACGUGGAUUGGAGAACUCGGGAGAUUGGUGAAAUUUGAAUUGCAAUAUUGCAAAAAUUGCAAAGAGUUACCAAAGCUUGGAAAUAUCCAGAAUGACUGA